GGCAGGGGGGGGCGGGGGGGGACUGUCUGUGCCCGCAGGAUGCUGGCGCGGGGCCGGCGGCUGCUGAGGCCGCUCUUCACCGGCCGCCUGCUCCUGCUGACCAACACGGCCAGCAGCGGGGCCCUGCUGGCCACCGGCGACGUCCUGCAGCAGGCCUGGCACCGCCGCCGCCACCCCGACACCGAGCACCAGAUGGCCCGUACAGGUCGCAUGUUCGCCGUGGGCUGCAGCCUGGGCCCGCUCAUGCACUACUGGUACCUCUGGCUGGACGCCGCCUUCCCGGCGCGGGGCGUGCGGGGGCUCCGAACCGUCCUCAAGAAGGUCCUCAUCGAUCAGGUGGUGGCAUCUCCUGCCCUGGGAGUCUGGUAUUUCCUGGGCAUGGGCACGCUGGAGGGCCAGUCCCUGGAGGAGAGCUGGGAGGAGCUGAAGGAGAAAUUUUGGGAGUUUUACAAGGCUGACUGGUGCGUGUGGCCGGCGGCUCAGCUGGUGAAUUUCCUCUUUGUCCCCCCCAAGUACCGGGUGGUUUAUGUCAACGUCAUCACACUGGGAUGGGACACCUACCUCUCCUACCUCAAACACAGGCCUGGCACCCCCCCGGGAACCCAGCCUGAUCCCCCCCGGGAGACCUGGCGCGGCGUCAGGGUGUGACGAUGGAAAUUGUGGUGUUUUUUCCGGAUGCUCCUGCCUUUACCAACAGAUUUUUCCGGCCAUCACCGCGGCUCGAUCCACCCCAGGCAGGUGGUGGCCAGGGGACCACCCGGGCAGAUCCCACCAAUUAACUCAUCUCUUGAUGGCAACCGUGGGUUUGGGUAUUUUUAACCAAUCUCCUGUUACAGGCGAGCCUGUAAAGCUCAUGAUUAUGAAUAUUAUUAUUAUUUUUGUAUUCUUCCACGCCGCAGCUACACUUGGCCUUCAGCACCCCCCGGGGGAAGAUCCCCAGUGCUCACUCCUGCUGCAAAUGGACUUUUUUCCCCUCUUUUCCACGGCAAAAGGCUGGCCCUUUGCUCCCCUCCAACACCUUUUGCUGCCUUUUUUAAUCUCCAGAGCUACCGGCUCGGGCCCCUGCGGAGGGAUUGCUGCUCCUCAGACUUUUCCUGCUUUUAUUUUUCAGCUGGGAGCUGAAGGGAGAAAUCACCUGGGGGUCCUGGUGGACAACAAAAUGACAAUGAGCAAAGAGUGUGCUCUUGUAGCCAGGAAGGCCAACAGAAUCCUGG